UGAAGGGGGAAGCUGAGUUCCAGUUUACAAACCAAAAGAGAGGGAGGGACUAUUUUAGUAUGAAAUGAAAAGAUGCAGCAACUACUCUCUUGGGCGUUAACUCACAAUCAGACCACACCUAACGAAGUAGUAGCAUGCUUACCAACCCGUGGGCGGAGCGCGGGUGGGAGACGACCGCGCGGGACAGGAACUGACGUCAACUCCGCGCACGUCUUCUUCCGCUCCGCCUGAGUGGCGCUUGGCGCGUUCUGGGACUCAGUGCUGGUGUUGGCGGCGUGCAGAGCCUCCCUGGGGGUCGUGCUCGCCUCGGGGACCAUGGCCACCGACUCCUGGGCGCUGGCGGUGGACGAGCAGGAAGCCGCUGUCAAGUCGAUGAGCAGUUUGCAGAUCAAAGAAGAAAAGGUCAAAGCAGACACCAAUGGUGUUAUCAAAACCAGCACCACUGCAGAGAAGACUGAAGAGGAAGAGAAAGAGGACAGAGCUGCUCAGUCUUUACUCAACAAGCUGAUCAGAAGCAAUCUUGUGGAUAACACCAACCAAGUAGAAGUCCUGCAGAGGGACCCAACCUCCCCUCUCUACUCGGUGAAGUCUUUCGAAGAGCUUCGCCUGAAACCACAGCUUCUCCAAGGAGUCUAUGCCAUGGGCUUCAAUCGACCAUCCAAGAUCCAGGAGAAUGCAUUGCCCAUGAUGCUUGCUGAACCCCCGCAGAACCUAAUCGCCCAGUCUCAGUCUGGUACUGGGAAAACAGCCGCCUUUGUCUUAGCUAUGCUCAGCAGAGUGGAACCAUCAGACAGAUAUCCUCAGUGUUUGUGCCUGUCCCCAACAUAUGAGCUGGCACUUCAAACAGGAAAAGUGAUUGAGCAGAUGGGCAAAUUUCAUCCAGAAUUGAAGCUAGCUUAUGCUGUUCGAGGCAAUAAAUUGGACAGAGGUCAGAAGGUCAGUGAGCAGAUUGUCAUUGGCACCCCCGGGACCGUCCUGGACUGGUGCUCCAAGCUGAAGUUCAUUGACCCCAAGAAGAUCAAGGUGUUUGUUCUGGACGAGGCUGACGUGAUGAUAGCAACUCAGGGCCACCAAGACCAGAGCAUCCGCAUCCAGAGGAUGCUGCCCAGAAACUGCCAGAUGCUGCUCUUCUCUGCCACCUUUGAAGACUCAGUGUGGAAGUUUGCCCAGAAGGUGGUCCCAGACCCCAACAUCAUCAAACUUAAGCGUGAAGAGGAGACUUUGGACACCAUCAAACAGUAUUAUGUCGUUUGCAAUAACAGAGAGGAGAAGUUCCAGGCCCUGUGCAACCUGUAUGGGGCCAUCACCAUCGCCCAAGCCAUGAUCUUCUGCCAUACGCGCAAAACCGCUGGCUGGCUGGCAGCAGAGCUCUCCAAAGAGGGCCACCAGGUGGCUCUGCUGAGUGGAGAGAUGAUGGUGGAACAGAGGGCGGCUGUGAUUGAGCGCUUCCGAGAAGGCAAAGAGAAGGUCCUGGUGACCACCAACGUGUGUGCCCGUGGUAUUGAUGUUGAACAAGUGUCUGUGGUCAUCAAUUUUGACCUUCCUGUGGACAAGGACGGGAACCCAGACAACGAGACCUACCUGCACCGCAUCGGGCGCACGGGCCGCUUUGGCAAGAGGGGUCUGGCCGUGAACAUGGUUGACAGCAAGCACAGCAUGAACAUCCUCAACAGAAUCCAGGAGCAUUUUAAUAAGAAGAUAGAAAGAUUGGACACAGAUGAUUUGGAUGAGAUCGAGAAGAUAGCCAACUGAGCAGCUUCACCAGCGACUGGCGCCCCCCUCAGCACUGUCCCUGCCUGGGAGCCUAGUGCUUUCAUGGCAUAGGCCUGGACAGGCGGCACCUCAAAGACCAAGGCCUGAGUAGAGACUACCUACCUCAUUCAGAAUUACGUUUGGACUUAACAGAAAUUUGCAAAUGAUGGGGCAAUUCCAAGGAAAAAUUUUGCAUUUUAGAAAAUAGUCCCUAGCCAGGUGUGGUGGUACACACCUUUAAAACCAGCACUUAAGAGGCAGAGGCAGGAGUAUCUGUGAAUUCAAGGCCAGCCUGAUCUACAGAGUUCCAGAGCAGCCAGAGCUAUAAAGUGACACCUUGUCUGAAAAAAGAGUUCUCAGCUCUAUCUCCUUCUAAAGCCAGUUUUCUCUUUUGUGGCAGUAUGGUAGCUGUUGGUGAUGUUUGGGCCCAGAACUUGCUGCCCACUCUCUGGCUUCAUGUGUUUGGACCACCUCCAGCCUGAGUAAAUGACAGAGGACAAGGUGGUUCGGAGAGGCCAGGAGAGCCCUGCCUGUAGCUCAGAUGCCUUUUUGUGGGCCAGGAGAGCUCCGGUGCCCCACCCACCCAUACCACCUUUCCUCUCCCUCCUGGUGAGCAUCUUGGCUGCUGCUGUAUUCUUCAGAUUGCCAGACAAGAUGGAAGUCAGCAAAAUCAUAGACUUACAAGGGAGAUUGGAGUAUCGGGCAGAUGACCCCUUUGAAGAUGGGGGCCUGUCUUUCCUCCUGUUCACUCCAUCUGUCUGUACCUGGCUCCAUUGUUUGGUUCUGAUCCAUGGGAUUUCAUGCCAAGCAGCGAUUCAGAAAGGAAGUUAUGACCAAACAAAAUCUAUUCAUUAUGCAUUAGCAGACUUAUGGGUUACUUCAUACAUUGUAUGAACAAUAUUAGAUAAAUCACAGUGAUAACACAUCAUUUUCAGAAAUUUUGAAGUAAUUAUGAGAAACAUUUUACUAAUCAUGGUUUGUUAUUUCGUAUUUUUCUGCUUACUAGACUAAUAUGAGCUCAUUAAAGUGUGUAAAAUGGUGCUCUGUGUUUACUCAAGAGGCAGCACAGUGUCCGGGUUGCUCACCAUGUCCUACGGCUCUCUUCUGUCUUCCACACUUGCAGACGUGUGAGCACUUCACACUACUUUGUAACCUGAUGAUUCAAUUGCAGGCUUUGUUGGAGGUUUCAGCACAUAUACACACAUCUGUUUCAUUCUGGAAGGUAGCUGUCAUUCCCAGUGUGUGGCCACCCUGGCACACAUUUCACCAUUCCCCAGUGGUAGGUAGGGUGGAUUUCUAGCAUGUUCCAUUACCUGUAGUGCCAUAGGGAUUAGCUCAGGCCCUGUCUUGGAUCAUGGUGAGAACUGCUCUUACAUUCCUGGAGAUGGAAUUCUUGGGUCAGAGUGGGAACAUUUAAAGUCAUAAUUCACCACCAAUUAAGCUUGCCUCAAAAGCUGUUACCAACUUGUUACUGCAGCAAUAUAAAAAAAACUCAUUAUCUUUCCAAUUCUGUAUAUUCCUUUGUUGUGUUCUGUUCCCCACCACCACCCCUCCCCAAGACAGGGUUUCCCUGUGUUGUUUUGGUGCCUGUCCUGGAUCUCGCUCUGUAGACCAGGCUGGCCCUGAACUCGGAUCCACCUGGCUCUGCCUCCUGAGUGCUAGGAUUAAAGGUGUGCACCACCGCCGCCCGGCCUGUUAUUUUUUGAGAUAGCGUCUCACAGUAUAGCUCUAGAUGUCCUGGAACUCACUAUAUAGAUUAGGCUGCCCACAAUCUCAUAGAAAUCCACCUGCCUCUGCCACUAUGCCCAACUUUGUGUUAUCAAUUUUUUAAACUGCCAGGCUAGGAGCUGGAGAGAUGGCUUGCCAGUUAAGAGCACCCUUCUAAAGGACCUUUGGUUCCCAGCACCCCAUCAUGUUAGGUGGUUCACAACUGUAUUACAUCCAGUUCCAGAAGGAUCUGAUGCCUCUGCUUCCUUUGGGCACCUGGCAGUCAUGCAUACCCCACUCCCAGAGACCUAAUGACCUUUAAUCCCAGCAGUCAGGAAGCAAGAUCUUGAGUUCCAGGACAGCCAGAGCUACAUAGAGCCCCUGUCUCAAAGACAAAACAAAAUCAUUUUUCCUAUAGA